CUGGACGAAAUUCUGAAAUGGAAGAAAGCGAUAAUAGCAGUAAUAGUGAAAAUGGAAUUGAACGAGAUAUAAUAGCACGUAGUAAAUCAUUGAAGAAAACUACAUCAGUCGAUACACACCUUCAUCCAACUUCUAAUUUUCUAAACGCAAGCACCAAAACUGAAAAUGGACAGGUGUCAUCCAAACUUGAAAAGAAACGGCCAAAUUCUAAACUAAGUUUAGAUUUUCCGAUAGCACGUCGUGAAAGGAGUUACAGUAAUGACUUUGAUUCUAUGUCAAAGAACCUUCGGAGUACAUUUAUCCGGACUCAUUCAAAGAGUUAUUCACAAGAUUCAAUAAGUUCACAUGGUAGCCAAAAUGGCAUUUCAGAAGAGCAUAGUAGCGACUUUUAUUUUCAAAAACUUAAAACACUUCCUCCAGUCGAUAAUCUUCCAAUGAGCAGUUUAUCUUUAAGAGAGGCUAGUCGAAACGUUUUAUACGCUCUGUCUCAAAUACAUAAAGCGAUGUAUCAAUUCAUAUCCUUUACUGGCAGCGAAAGGAUUUUUUUUACAGAACUUAAUAAAACAAAUGCAUCAAUAGGACAACUAAGCAUGAGAUUACAAAGAUUUGACAUUUUUUCACAGAAAGCUGCACCAGACGCUGAUCAUUGCAUUAAAUUACUCGGAUCAUGCCAAGAUAAUAUAACAAAUUUUAAAAUUCUUUUAGAUUUAUUUAACAAGCGUAUCAGAACUUUAACACAAUCACCAGAUAACCUACGAUAUUCGCGCACACUUCUAUUAAUAUUUCAUGGUGCUAUAGUAGAUAUUAAGUUUGCAUGGGAAAAUAUAUUACCUCUUUUAAAUAACAACAUGCCUUUUACAGGAAUACCUACACCCAUACGUUCAAAGCCCAUAUCACGAUCAAAUAGUACUAGUAGUCUUAAUGGGUAUUCUUACUCUAAUGGACUUUUGUCUAACGGUUCCUUGCACACGAAUGGAAUCAAUAUUUCUUCUGCUGGAAUGUCAAUAACAAAUAAUUCUCAUACUGAUGUCACAUUUCCACCCUUGAUAUUUGAACAAAUGCUUACAAAAGUCGAUACAGCUAUCAAGUGGGUUGAAAAUGUCGGAAAACAUUUAUCUGAACAUCUCGAGAAUGCUCUUGGUUCAUCAACCGAUAUUUAUGCAUCUCCUGUAAAAAUAAAAUUGAAAGAGCUGAAAUUACAUAUGAAAAACGUGUCGGACGUAACGAGACAAUUGAAAAAAUCUUUAUUAGCUGUAAGAUUUGUACAAAAUGAACAUUUGAACAUACAACUUAAAGUUUAUAGUACCACGAUCUUGUUUCUCCAGGCAACUGUAAAAAUGUCUACAUUAGCUAAAGAUAUUUCGCAAGAAUGGCGACUUAACACCAAAAUUAUGUCAGGACUAGGACAUGUUACUAAAUCUAACAUUGAACUGUCAAAUUUUCUUCGAGAAAUUGAAUACGGAGAAUUGCCUAUUCGCAUGCCGCCACCGCCACCUCCAAGUGAGGCAGAAUCGGAAAAAAGUGAUGACUUUAUGGUUUAUAAUGAAAAUUUUUUGGAUCAGAAUGUUAAUUCAAAAUCAAAGACUACCUAUGAAGAAUCAACAGAGAAUUCUAAUUUAACUGCCGAUGGGUCUACUAUUCACGACUAA